AUGUUUUCUCUUCGAAAACCAGAAGCAACUAGUCUUUCCCGUGCCACCAGCUUUACAAAAGAGAAUCUAAAUAAGUUUUAUGAUAACUUAGAAGCAAUUCUUCAUCGUCAGAACUUUAGGGCUAGUGAGAUUUAUAAUCUUGAUGAAUCGGGAAUUACAACUGUACAUGUUCCACCUAAAGUUAUUGCUGGAAAAGGCAUAAAACAAGUUGGUCAAAUGACAUCCGGAGAGCGUGGGAAACUUGUUACUAUUAUUUCUGCUGUAAAUGCAAUUGGCAACUCAGUUCCCCCACUUUUGGUUUUCCCCAGAAAGUUUUUCAAGGAUCAUAUGUUGAAAGGAGCACCACCUGGAUCUAUUGCGGCUGCAAAUCCAAGUGGAUGGUCUUCACCACAAAUAUUUAUGCUUUAUCUCAAACACUUUCUGAAGUAUGUUAAAGCAUCCAAAGAUAACAGUAUUAUUUUAAUCUUAGAUAAUCAUAACACACAUAUAACUAUUGAAGCUAUCGACUUCUGCAAAGAAAAUGGAAUUAUUAUGCUCACUUUACCCCCUUCACACGAGUCAUAA